GUUCAGCAUUGUUCCGGUGUUCGGAAGACGUCCUGUUGGAGCAGAAUAAUCCUUUAAAGUUGUUCAAAGUUGACUUUUCUUUUCGUUCUUUUCCUCUUGGUUACUUGAAAAAUGUCCGGGUUUCAGGGCCUUCCAGACCUCCAGCAGCUGAUGGCAGUAAAAGAAGAGGUUCUCCCUGAGCAGCAGGAGAGGAGCUCCAGUCUGAAGCAGGAGGAGUCUCUGGAACCAGCACACAUUAAAGAGGAACAAGAGGAACUGGGGAUCAGUCAGGAGAGAGAGCAGCUUCAAAGACUGGGAGGGGCUGAUAUGAAGUUCCUGUUCAGUCCUGUCUCUGUGAAGACUGAAAAUGAUGAAGAGAAACCCCAGUCUUUGCAGCUUCACCAGAUAAAAAUGGAGCAGAUGGAAACAGGAACUAAUAAAGAGAACUGUAAAGAGGAACAGGAGGAACUGGGGAUCAGUCAGGAGAGAGAGCAGCUUCAAGGAGCAGAGGAGGCUAUUACCAACAUGUUCACAUUGACUCUUGUCCCUGUGAAGAGUGAAGAAGAGGAUGGAGAGAAACCUCAGUCCUCACAGUUUGUAAACCAAAGUGAAGAGAACAGGGACUUAGAGCAUUUGAAAACAGAAUCAGAUGGAGAGAACUGUGGAAGAUCAGGAGUGGACAGAGACUUUAAUACAGAUGGUCAUUUACAGCCGGUUAGUCGUCACUGGAUUUUAGAUCUUUCUUGGUCAGACACUGAUGACAGUGAUGAUUUAAGCUAUCUGCGAAACAAACACGUAGCUGUAGGUGAUAUGAAACAUACAUCAGUUAGUUCUUCUGAACAUGCUCCAAGUGUUGGACAGAAGAAACAAGUGCAGGAAGAGAAACCGUUUCGUUGUUCAGUUUGUUGUAAAGCUUUCUCAACAAAGGAAUACCUCAAAAGGCACUCUUUGAUUCACAAAGAAAAGAAACCAUUCAGUUGCUCUGUUUGUAAAAAGCAAUAUCUUUUUAGACAACAACAUGAGGCGCACAUGAGAAUCCACACAGGGGAGAAACCAUUCAGUUGUUCGGUUUGUCAUAAAAGAUUUACCCAGCAAGGACUUCUGACUAGUCACAUGAUUGUCCAUUCAGGGAAGAAACCCUUUAGUUGCUUAGUUUGUCAUAAAAGAUUUCCCCGUCGAGGAAAUCUGAAGAUUCACAUGACUGUUCACACAGGGGAGAAACGUUUUAGUUGCUCUGUUUGUCAUAAAAGUUUUUCUUAUGGAUCGGGUCUGAAGAAGCACAUGUCUGUCCAUACAGGGGAGAAACCAUUUAGUUGCUCAGUUUGUCAUAGAAGAUUUACCAAGCAAUGGGAUGUGAAGUGCCACAUGACUGUUCAUACAGGGGAGAGACCAUUUAGUUGUUCAGUUUGUAACAAAAGUUUUCGAAUUAAAAAUGGGUUGGUGCUGCACAUGGCAAUCCACUCAGACCAUAAGCCAUUUCGUUGUUCAGUUUGUAAUAAAAAUUUUCGUUUUAACAAGAUGUUGGUGGAACACAUGAGAGUCCACACAGGGGAAAAACGUUUUCGCUGUUCAGUUUGUGGUAAAAGAUUUUCCCAAAAAGGACAUAUGCAGGAACACAUGAUUACUCAUGAUGGGGAGAAACAAUUUAGCUGUUCAGUCUGUGAUAGAAAAUUUUCUUACCAGAGAAGUAUGCUGGCACACUUCAAAACCCACGCAGGUGAAAAACCACUUAACUGUUAAGUUUGCGGUAAAAAAUGUUCUCAUCAAAAAUGUGAUGAGAUGCAUGACUGUCUACAAGGGCAACAACACUUAAGGUGUUGAGAUUGAAUUAGUAUAUUUAUAUUUUUAAAUCGUCUCCCAAGGAAAUCUGCAGGAACAUGUGACUGCUUACACAGGGAAGAAACCUUGUUUUGCUCAGUUUGUAUUAUAAAAAAAUUUGAUGUUGCUGGAAAUGCAAGAAGGCACACUUUCAUGCAGAGUGAGAAAACGAUUUGUUGUGGCAUUUGUGAUUAAAGAUUCACAAGGCUAGAGAUUAACAAAAAUCUAAAGUGUGUUGGUGAGAGCAGUGUAAAUUCAAAGUUAGUUCAUCUCAUCUCUCCACAACAGCUUCAUCCCAAGAGGAAGCUGUUGUUUCCACCUUUUUUUUCUGUACUUACUGAGCUUUAUUGUUUAGUUCUCUUCUUGUGGUUGAUUAAUGUUGAUUCUUUGUAAAUAAUAAAACAAAUAUUACAACUUCACUUUCUCUUUAUGGAAAGUAUCUUAAGAUUAUUCUUAUAUUGAAUUGGUGCGAUAUGAACUAAUAAACAAUGGAUUAACUGAU